AUGGAGGACGGGAAGCCUGUGUGGGCUCCACACCCAACUGAUGGGUUUCAGAUGGGGAUGAUUGUGGACAUUGGCCCUGACACCUUAACUAUUGAACCUUUGAACCAGAAGGGCAAGACUUUCCAGGCUGCUAUCAAUCAAGUGUUUCCUGCAGAAGAGGACAGCAAAAAGGAUGUAGAAGAUAAUUGUUCCCUUAUGUAUUUAAACGAGGCCACCCUCCUCCACAACAUCAAAGUGCGGUACAGCAAGGACAGAAUUUACACCUAUGUAGCCAACAUCCUUAUUGCAGUGAACCCAUAUUUUGACAUCCCUAAGUUUUACUCUUCAGAUACUAUUAAGAAGUACCAGGGCAGAUCACUGGGAACGUUGCCACCUCACGUGUUUGCUAUUGCUGAUAAAGCAUUCCGUGAUAUGAAAGUGCUGAAGAUGAGUCAGUCCAUCAUAGUCUCUGGGGAAUCAGGAGCUGGCAAGACAGAAAACACAAAAUUUGUUUUGAGGUAUUUGACAGAAUCCUAUGGUACUGGUCAAGAUAUUGAUUACAGAAUUGUAGAAGCAAAUCCCCUCUUGGAAGCCUUUGGGAAUGCAAAGACAGUUCGCAACAACAACAGCAGUCGCUUUGGGAAGUUUGUUGAAAUCCACUUCAAUGAAAAGAACUCAGUGGUUGGUGGAUUUGUGUCACAUUACCUUCUGGAGAAAUCUCGGAUCUGUGUGCAAGGCAAAGAAGAGAGAAAUUAUCACAUCUUUUACAGGCUAUGUGCUGGUGCUCCAGAAGACAUUAGGGAAAAGCUUUAUCUAAGCUCUCCUGACAACUUUAGGUACUUGAAUCGAGGCUGUACCAGGUACUUUGCUAACAAGGAAACAGACAAGCAGAUCUUGCAGAAUCGCAAGAGCCCAGAGUAUCUCAAAGAAGGUUCCUUGAAGGAUCCUCUCCUAGAUGAUCAUGGAGACUUCAACAGAAUGUGCACAGCGAUGAAAAAGAUCGGCCUAGAUGAUGCAGAAAAACUUGAUCUUUUUAGAGUAGUGGCUGGUGUCCUUCACCUUGGAAAUAUUGAUUUUGAGGAAGCUGGGAGCACUUCAGGGGGCUGCACGGUGAGGCCGCGGAGCGAGCAGGCGCUGGAGUGCUGCGCGGCGCUGCUGGGCCUGGACGGGGAGGACCUGCGCGGCAGCCUCACCACGCGCGUCAUGCUCACCACGGCAGGGGGCGCCAAAGGAACGGUCAUUAAGGUACCCUUGAAAGUGGAACAAGCAAACAAUGCUCGUGAUGCCUUGGCUAAAACAGUGUAUAGUCACCUCUUUGACCAUGUGGUGAACAGGGUAAACCAGUGCUUUCCUUUUGAGAGUUCUUCUUUCUUCAUUGGAGUUCUAGACAUUGCUGGCUUUGAAUAUUUUGAACACAACAGUUUUGAGCAAUUCUGCAUUAACUACUGCAACGAAAAACUGCAACAGUUUUUUAAUGAGAGGAUUCUGAAAGAGGAACAAGAACUGUACCAAAGAGAGGGUCUGGGGGUUAAUGAAGUGCGCUACGUAGAUAACCAGGACUGCAUAGAUCUGAUUGAAGCAAAAUUCAUAGGUGUGUUGGAUAUCCUGGAUGAAGAAAAUCGUCUUCCCCAACCAAGUGACCAGCAUUUCACUUCAGUGGUGCACCAGAAACACAAGGACCACUUCAGGCUCUCUAUUCCUAGAAAGUCCAAGCUGGCUGUUCACAGAAACAUCAGAGAUGAUGAAGGCUUCAUUAUCCGACACUUUGCAGGAGCAGUGUGCUACGAGACGAGGCAAUUUGUGGAAAAGAACAAUGAUGCUUUGCACAUGUCCCUUGAAUCUCUUAUCUGCGAGUCCAAGGACAAGUUUGUUCGACAGCUGUUCGAAGCUAACACCAACAACAACAGGGAUCCCAAACAAAAAGCUGGGAAACUUAGCUUCAUCAGUGUGGGGAACAAAUUCAAGACUCAGUUAAACUUGCUUCUUGAGAAGCUGCACAGUACUGGAUCCAGCUUCAUUCGGUGUAUCAAACCUAACUUAAAGAUGACAAAUCACCAUUUUGAAGGAGGACAGAUCCUCUCUCAGCUUCAGUGCUCAGGAAUGGUGUCAGUUCUGGAUUUGAUGCAAGGAGGUUUCCCUUCCCGAGCUUCAUUUCAUGAGCUGUAUAAUAUGUACAAGAAAUACUUGCCUGACAAAUUGGCUCGGCUGGAUCCUAGGCUCUUCUGCAAGGCACUGUUUAAAGCCUUGGGACUGAAUGAAAAUGAUUACAAAUUUGGACUGACCAAGGUGUUUUUUAGACCUGGCAAGUUUGCAGAGUUUGAUCAGAUAAUGAAGUCUGACCCGGAUCACUUGGCAGAGCUCGUUAAGCGCGUGAACCGUUGGCUCAUCUGCAGCCGCUGGAAAAAAGUUCAGUGGUGUUCUCUCUCCGUCAUUAAAUUGAAAAAUAAGAUAAAAUACCGAGCCAGUGCCUGCAUUAAAAUACAGAAGACAGUUCGCAUGUGGCUUUGCAAGAGAAAGCACAAACCACGCAUUGAUGGCCUGAUAAAAGUCCGGACACUGAAGAAGAGACUUGAUAAGUUUAAUGAAGUAGUAAAUGCUCUGAAGGAGGGCAAGGCAGAGACAAGCAAACAGGUCAAGGAGCUGGAGCACUCUAUUGAUGCCUCAAUGACCAAAAUUAAGACCACUAUAAUGACUAGAGAACAGAUACAGAAAGAAUAUGAUGCUCUAGUGAGAAGCUCAGAGCAGCUGCUGAGUGCACUGCAAAAGAAGAAACAGCAAGAAGAGGAAGCAGAGAGGUUACGGCGCAUCCAGGAGGAAAUGGAGAAAGAAAGAAAGAGACGUGAGGAGGAAGAGCAACAACGAAGGAAGGAGGAAGAGGAGAGACGUCUGAAAUCUGAGAUUGAGGCAAAGAGAAAACAGGAAGAGGAAGAGAGGAAAAAGAGAGAAGGGGAAGAAAAGCGUAUUCAGGCUGAAAUUGAAGCUCAGCUAGCCAGAGAACGAGAAGAGGAAACCCAGCACCAGGCAGUGCUUGAGCAGGAGCGUCGUGAUCAUGAGCUUGCAAUGAGAAUUGCCCAGAGUGAGGCAGAACUCAUCAAUGAUGAGGCUCAGCUUGAUUUAGGGUUGCGCAGAGCCAAUGGAACAAAGCUGCAAAUGACUGCGGAUCAAAUGGCUACAGAAAUGUCAGAAAUGUUGUCUAGGAGUCCUGCAGUUCAAGCCUCAAAAGCUGCUGCUGGUACUAAGAAGCACGAUCUCAGCAAGUGGAAAUACGCCGAGCUUCGUGAUACCAUCAAUACAUCCUGUGAUAUUGAACUGUUGGCAGCUUGCAGAGAAGAGUUUCACAGAAGGCUAAAGGUUUAUCAUGCUUGGAAAUCCAAGAACAAGAAACGCAAUGCAGAGACAGAGCAGCGUGCUCCCAAAUCGGUCACAGACUAUGAUUUUGCACCCUUUUUGAGCAACUCACCUCAACAGAACCCCACAACCCAACUGCCAUCCAGGCAGCGAGAGAUCGAAAUGAACCGGCAGCAGCGUUACUUCCGCAUCCCCUUCAUCCGUCCUGCAGACCAGUACAAGGAUCCCCAGAACAAAAAGAAGGGUUGGUGGUAUGCACAUUUUGAUGGGCCAUGGAUUGCUCGGCAAAUGGAACUUCAUCCUGACAAGGCACCCAUUCUCCUGGUCGCAGGGAAGGAUGAUAUGGAUAUGUGUGAGCUGAAUCUGGAAGAGACUGGCUUAACCCGCAAGCGAGGGGCUGAAAUUCUGCCCAGACAGUUCGAAGAGAUCUGGGAGCGCUGUGGAGGUAUCCAGUACCUUCAAAAUGCCAUCGAAAGCAGGCAGGCUCGCCCUACCUAUGCUACAGCAAUGCUGCAGAACCUGCUGAAAUGA